GACACAUUUAAUGUGAGCAUUCUGCAAACGAAGCUCGUGCAGUUUGGAACAAAACGGAAAAUCGGAGCUCUCAAUUUAAACAAAAGAUCGGAAACCUUUUUGGUUUACAGUUUUGCAAUAUAUUUUAAUGAAUUAAAUACAAAAAUGUUUUCAAUACGAUGCUGGUUGCGACUUGGAUUGCUAUUGCUUUUCGUGGUUGGCCUCUCGCUGGCUUUGCCGAGCUUGGAGAAUCAUACAAGGGAACAGAUUGAAGAGGUGGUGGCUUGUAAACAACCCAAGGCCCCUGGCCUCUGCCGAGGACGUCAGCUACGCUAUGCCUUCAACAAGGACACUGGUAACUGUGAGAGCUUCUACUACACCGGCUGCGGCUCCACUGAGAAUAAUUUUCUGACCUACGAGGAGUGUCGAAGGGAUUGUAUGCAGCGUCUACGCUAUUGA